GAUUUCAUGGUAGAAACUUCUCUCUUCUCUGGCAGAGCUUUUAUCUCAGUUAUCAGGCGUGAGGCGUUCUGCAGGGCAGCUCAAUUCCUCUGGCCCUUCUGCAUCUCAGUUACAGCAACUGCAGAUGCAACUGCAGUUGGAGCGACAGCAUGCACAGGCAGCAAGACAACAACUGGAGACUGCACGCAAUGCAAAUAGGCGCACUAAUGCAAGCAGCAUCACCACCACUAUUACGCAAUCUAUAGCAGCAACCAACACAUCUAACGCAGAAAACAGUCAGCAGACUAUCCAGAAUUCUCAGUUUCUUCUUGCAAGGUUGAAUGAUCCUAAGAUGUCAGAAGGAGAGCGUCAGUCAAUGGAAAGUGAACGGGCAGACCGCAGCUUGUUUGUUCAAGAGCUUUUGCUGUCCACUUUGAUGCGGGAAGAAAGCUCUUCCUCAGAUGAGGAUGAGCAAGGGGAGAUUGCUGAUUUUGGUGCUAUGGGCUGUGUAGAUAUUAUGCCUCUAGAUGUUGCUUUAGAAAACCUAAAUUUAAAAGAGAGUAAUGAAGGAAAUGAGCCUCCUCCACCUCCUCUUUGAUGGCAUCCCACUUUGCAGACAAUGUCCUCUGUGCUGUAUUUGCCAAUGAAAGUGGACAACAACUAUCUUGGGUUUGUUUUGGUGAUUGUAAUUUCAGGUCUGUUACUCUUGUUACAUUGUGUACAUUCAAAAGGAAGAGAGAAAAGAUAUAUAUGAUAAUCAUUUCCACUUAACUAAUUUGUACUUCUAGCAGGUAAAUAUAGGUUGCAGUGUGGGGAAAAAAAAGCUCUGCAUCCUGUAGCUUGACAUGCAAAAGGCUCUCCUAAUACUCCGCAUUCAAACUGAGGAGGAAAAAAUGAAAAAUCUCUAAUGAAGCUGCUGUGUGUAUUUAUGAAUAUUAAUGAAUAAAAAAUGCUUGGAUGGUUUACCUUAA